GCAUUGGCACAUCUGUUGCGAAGUUCUCAGUCUAUACGUUAUCAGUUUCAACAGUUCGAGCAUAUGCUGCGAAGAGUGAAUCAGCAGGAAGAGAAAACUGGGAGACUGAGUGCUCUGAGGCAUAUCGUCGAUCUCAGCGGAUAUGAAAUCAAUCCGUUCACGAUGAUUUUUGUCACAAACGGAAACUUAACUUAUUACUCGCAACUGCUUCAUUUUGAGAAUUAUCCCGAACUGGUAAGCCCUCUGGAGAUGGUGAACAUUUCGAAAUGGAUUCAUGUCCCCUACAGAAUAGCCCGUGCGAUGAUGCCCGACGGUUUUACCGAACGUUUCCGAUUGCAUGACGAAAAUUUUCUGCACAUAUUGUUAAAAGAAAUUAAAAUUGAAGACAUUCCAGUGACUUUAGGAGGUAAAAAUGAGAGGAUUAUAUGCCAGUCAGCACUGAAAAGGACAACUGAGCAGUGCUCCGGGGCAACAGAUCAAGACCUACUCAACUCUCUUGAAACAAUUGUAAUCUCACCAAAAAAACGCCGUCAAAUCCAUGUGGACGUGAAGGAGAGCGCAAAGCUGCAGUGGUACUUCAUCAGUGAUGGGGAUAUUUAUUUUGGUGUCUUUUAUCAGCCGGUGGAGCAAAAUUCAUCAGUUAUUGGAACGAUCAGUGGUUCACGGCAAGAGAAAGAGAUUGACUGUGAUAAGCUUGAAAUGGUCUAUCCAUGGCUAAGGUUGGCAGCAAAAAUUGUCCACGAGGCGGAUUCGAUCGAAUGCACAAGGCCAGGUCGUUACUGGAUUAUCAUCUGCAAUCGUGCCUCCUGGAUCCACCGUAAAACUGUGAAUUUGGCUGUCCAGCUGGUGGAUGAGAAAAGCGGGUGCGCGAAGCGGUGCCACACUGAUGGAACUUUCAGUCACUGUUCUAAGCCAUUUGUUAUUGAUGAUUGCUUGUUAUGA